CAUCUCAUGAUGGAAGAAUUCCACUUCGCCGGUCGGGCUGUGGAUAUGAUCCUCGUAGAUGCACGCGAGGGCAGUCCGGUUCGUCAGAGUCGAAGUCUCUUUCCUGGGAAGCUGGCACAACUGGCAUACUUCAAGGCUCUUUUUGAUUGGUGCUUCUUCUCCAGAGACGGAUAUGUCCACUGUUCAGUGAAACCAGUCCCCCAAAUUACUCGGUACGACAGUCAUCCAACCUUUUCUCUAUUGGAUAAGUACACGGUUCUGGCCCCUCUUAUUGGCCAAUUUGACUGCUAUUUGUUUCUUAGCAUUUUACGCACAUUCGGUCUGUUCCUCUACCCCUGUCAGCCUGAAAAAUACCAUACCUAG